AUGUCGUCCAAGCGUGAGUGUCUCAGUGCUACUUCUCAACGAUUCAUCGCAGACGGAGCUUGCCGGCGAAUGGAUAGCGCACUCAAACCCCCUUGACUUUCCUCGUUCAUGCGCUUGACAGCCAUUCGCGAGUUUGACGCAAAGCUGCUGGUCAACUACUGGUUGCCUAGGUCUCCAGUAGCUCAUCCCUCUCUCAAGCUUAAGGAAUUUAACGCGCCAGUCGCAAAGGUCGCGCAAGUCUCUUGGGAUCCAGAGACUAACACAGUGACACCUGAAACUGCUCUGCCUAGCUGGGUGCACGAUGUGAAGCUGGUUGCCAAGCCCGAUCAGCUCAUCAAGAGACGUGGCAAGGCCGGCCUGCUGAAGCUGAAUUCUGACUGGAAAGACGCACAAGCGUGGAUCAGCGAGCGGGCAGGCAAGUCACAAAAAGUGAGCUCGCGACUGCUCGACACGACUCAAGAAGCGCAUACGAGCAGUGACUGACAGCAGGGACUGGCUUUCUACAGGUGGAGACAGUCACAGGAACUCUCAACAACUUUAUCGUAGAGCCUUUCUUCCCUCACCCUGCAGACACAGAGUUCUACGUCUGUAUCAACUCUGCACGAGAGGGAGAUUAUAUUCUUUUCACUCACGAGGGAGGUGUAGACGUAGGCGAUGUGGACGCAAAGGCCUUGAAGCUGCUGAUUCCCGCGGACCCAGAGCAAGGCUUCCCCACGCGAGAGCAGUGGACUUCUACCCUCUUGCCGGGUGUCAAGAGCGCAGAGAAGAAGGAGCACCUCACCGACUUCCUGAUCCGCCUUUACAAUGUCUACGUAGACCUGCACUUUGCCUACCUCGAGAUCAACCCUCUUGUUUGCACAGACGAUGGCACGAUCACUUAUCUCGAUAUGGCUGCCAAGCUGGACCAAACUGCAGACUUCAUUUGCGGCCCCAAGUGGGCAAUUGCUCGUGACCCAGCGCUGUACAACAACUCAGUCGCUGGUCAAGCGGGCGGCGUCAAAGGAGAAGACAGAGGACCUCCGAUGUUCUUCCCUGCUCCUUUCGGCCGUGAUCUUACCAAGGAAGAAGCAUACAUUCAGAAACUCGACUCGGGUACAGGUGCUUCUCUGAAGCUGACUGUCCUGAACAACAAGGGCCGCAUUUGGACUAUGGUCGCAGGAGGUGGUGCUUCAGUCGUGUACAGGUGCGUUAAAACUUAGCAUCAGCAGGUGGCAGGGUUGCGCAGCAGUUGAGUCUCUUGCCUCUCUUUUAUUCGAUAGUGAUGCCAUUGCCGCACAUGGAUACGCGCACGAGCUGGCCAAUUACGGAGAGUACUCCGGAGCGCCUAGCGAGGGCCAGACGUACGAGUACGCCAAGACAAUCCGUGAGCUCAGUGUGACGUGUGUCGAGCUUGCUUUGCGAUGCUGACCGAAGUCUGCGCUCCUUACUAAAGUUGACUUGAUGACUCGUGGCGAGGUCAACCCUCAAGGCAAGCUUCUCAUCAUUGGAGGAGGCAUUGCCAACUUUACCAACGUGGCUGCUACCUUCAAGGGUAUCAUUCGCGCCCUGAAAGAAUUCAAGCAGGCUCUUUCGACCUAUGGAGUUCGCAUCUUCGUUCGUCGAGGUGGGCCAAACUACCAGGAGGGUCUUAGAGCGAUGCGCUUGCUCGGCGAAGAUCUCGGAGUCGAAAUUCAAGUCUUUGGCCCAGACACGCACAUUACCGACAUCGUGCCUCUUGCUCUUGGCAUCAAAUCCGCUGCUGAUCUUGAUGUGCAGCACAAGCCUCUGCCCUCAGGUGCGCAGACUCCCAACGCGCCUGCCAACGGAGACGCUCCCGCGCAGCACCCUACUGGUCACGUCGACCCUCAGACUGGAGAGCGAACCCAGCCGCAAGACCAGAUCGUCACUUUUGACAGCGUCACUGGUGUCCCCAAGAGACCGGCUCAUGUGCCAUUCGAUGAGCACACGCGCAGCUUGGUCUACGGUCUUCAGCCCCGCGCAAUCCAAGGCAUGCUUGACUUUGACUUCUCCUGCGGCCGAGCUUCGCCCUCAGUAGCAGCCAUGAUCUACCCGUUCGGCGGCCACCACAUUCAAAAGUUCUACUGGGGUACCAAAGAGGUCUUGCUGCCAGUCUACACGAGCGUUGAAGAGGCUGUCAAGAAGCACCCCGACGCAGAUGUUGUGGUCAACUUUGCCUCUUCACGCUCCGUCUAUCAGUCAUCGCUGGAGAUCUUGAAGCUGCCCCAGAUCAGAGCUUUGGCCUUGAUCGCAGAAGGAGUACCUGAACGUCACGCCCGUGAGAUCCUUUGGCGUGCGAAGACUGCUGGCGUGCUCAUCAUCGGCCCUGCGACUGUGGGCGGCAUCAAGCCAGGCUGCUUCCGUAUCGGAAACAGUGGUGGCAUGAUGGACAACAUCCUUGCAUCCAAGCUUUACAGGCCUGGAAGCGUCGGCUACGUUUCGAAGUCCGGUGGUAUGUCCAACGAGCUCAACAACAUCCUCAGUCUGCAGACCAACGGAACGUACGAAGGUAUCGCCAUUGGUGGUGAUCGCUACCCAGCGACCACUUUCUUGGACCACCUCAUCCGCUACGAGAAGGACCCCAACUGCAAACUGUUGGUGCUGCUGGGUGAGGUCGGUGGUGUUGAGGAGUACCGAGUCAUCGAUGCGGUCAAGAAGGGCGAGAUCACCAAGCCCAUCGUCGCUUGGGCCAUCGGAACGUGCGCCAAAAUGUUCACUACAGAAGUUCAGUUCGGUCACGCUGGAUCUAUGGCCAACUCUGAUGCUGAGACAGCUUCGGCCAAGAACGCUGCGAUGAAGGCUGCCGGCUUCAUCGUUCCCGAAACCUUCGAGGAUCUGCCUGUCGUCUUGAGACAAGUCUACGAGAAGCUCGUGGCUAGUGGGACCGUCGUGCCCAAGCCUGAGCGCGCGCCACCUGCGAUUCCCAUCGACUACAAGUGGGCGCAGGAGCUUGGCAUGGUCAGAAAGCCUGCGGCGUUCAUUUCCACCAUUUCCGACGAGCGAGGCGCUGAGCUCAUGUACUCUGGCGUCAAGAUCUCGGAAGUCUUUGCCUCAGAGAUGGGAAUUGGUGGUGUCAUCUCUCUGCUGUGGUUCAAGCGCCGUUUGCCCGCCUUCUGCACCAAGUUCAUCGAGAUGGCCUUGAUGCUGGUCGCUGACCACGGACCUGCCGUAUCCGGUGCCAUGAACACCAUCGUCACUACUCGUGCUGGUAAGGACCUCGUGUCCUCUCUCGUUUCUGGUCUUUUGACCAUCGGCGACCGGUUUGGCGGUGCACUCGAUGACGCUGCAAAGGAGUUCAGCAAUGCCUACGACUCUGGAUUGACACCUCGUGAAUUCGUCGACAAGAUGCGCAAAGCUCAACGCUUGAUUCCAGGCAUCGGUCACAAGAUCAAGAGCACCAGCAACCCCGACUACAGAGUCGAGGUUGUGAAGGAAUUUGUAAAGAAGAACUUCCCAUCUAGCCGCAUGCUCGACUACGCCCUUGCUGUCGAACGUGUGACCACUGCCAAGAAGGACACUUUGAUCCUCAACGUCGAUGGAUGUCUUGCUGUCUGCUUCGUCGACUUGCUCAGGGACUCGGGCGCAUUCACCACCGAAGAGGCAAACGAGCAGAUUCGCAUUGGCUUCCUUAACGGCAUCUUUGUCCUUGGACGCUCAAUCGGUUUCAUCGGUCACCAUCUCGACCAGAAGAGACUCCGCGCUCCCCUCUACCGUCACAGUCCCGACGACAUUUUCAUCGACAUGGCUCAACCUCAACGUGUCGUUGGUCAAAUCAAGAAGUAA